AUGGCCAACUUUGAGCCCAACGCCAUUAUCCGUGGCGCUCAGCUGACGGCUGUGGGAACCGUCAGGGCACUUCGAAAUGCUGAACUCUUCAAAUAUGAUCAUUUCCGGCAAGCAGCUCUUGCAGUUGCCGUGGGUGUGAUUAUCCAUGUCAUCAUUCAGAUUCCGAUUAUCGGCCUCAAAUUCAUUAUCUGGAUCGCAUCUAUUUUUGUCGAUAUGCAGGAAGCGACCUGGGAUGAUACUAUUCUGAACGGCAUCAAUUAUUUGAACAAAUCCGUCCUCCAGGUCCCCUUCUUGCUCAUGACUUUGAUGCGAUACGUUACUCCGACGUUGGAUGAGAUUUUCAUGGAAUCUCUCAAAUGGGUUGAUCAAACCUACGUCCAGAAGCACAAGGCCGAAGACCCCAGCACUCUUCGAGCCAUGUACUAUCCAAACCUGUCCCAGUACUCGACCAAAGGAAGUUCCAGUAGCUCGAAACCGAUUGGAAAGUCCGUCAUGUUAUUCGUUCAGAGAUACGGCCGCAAGGUUGCGAUGCUUUUCGGUGUAUAUCUCCUCUCGCUUCUCCCGGUCGUCGGCCGAUUCGUCAUGCCCGCUGUUAGUUUCUACACGUUCAAGCAGAAUGUGGGGACUACUCCUGCGGCCGUCAUCUUUGGUACGGGACUUGUGCUUCCGAAGAGAUUCAUCGUUACUUUUCUGCAUACCUACUUUGCAUCGCGCAGCUUGAUGCGCGAACUUCUUGAACCCUAUUUCUGCCGCGUCCCCUUCACUCCUGAGCAAAAGCGCCGCUGGUUCAAGGACCGUCAGGGCGUGCUGUUCGGCUUUGCUUUUGCCUUCACCGUCGUCAUCAAAACUCCCUUCAUCGGCGUUCUCAUGUACGGUGUCGCAGAAGCAUCUACCGCUUAUCUCAUCACCAAGAUCACAGACCCGCCGCCAACUCCCGAUGAGGGCCCGCAGUUCGCUGAGACGCAAGUGCGGUGGAAGAACAAGCAUGACUUCCUGCACCUAUCGUUGGAGAACAUUGAUAGGCUCAAUUUACCGUCUCAUCAUAAGGGGGAGGAGACUGAGUCUCCUGGGUUCCCGGGAAAGAAGUUCUCUUGA